UCAAACAGCGUUAAAUCUGCAUUUUUUUUUAGAUUUAAUUAAUUUCUCUGGUUCUUGGUCGCCGGCGGCAAAGAUGGGAAAAGGAGAAAAUACAAAAAAGGAGAGAGAUUCGUCAGAGGAAGAGGAGUAUGAGGUGGAAGAGAUCAAGGAUGAGAUCGAUUCGUCAAACAGAAAUCGAUUAGUUCAGCUUAUGAACGAAUUGAGGUUAAAUCCGAGGCGACUCAGUGGAAUCAAAGGCUUCAUCAUUGAUCCUGAUAACAGGUGGUAUGUGGUGUGGAAGCAUUUCUUAUUGCUAUGGGCCAUCUACUCGUCUUUCUUCACUCCGUUCGAGUUUGCAUUCUUCAGGGGAUUACCCGAUAAAUUAUUCUUACUCGACAUCAUGGGACAAGUAGCAUUCUUUAUCGAUAUUGUCAUCCAUUUCUUCCUUGCUUACAGAGAUACCGAGACCUACCGGAUGAUCUCUAACCGCAAUGCCAUUGCUCUUCGAUACUUGAAGUCGAAUUUUUUCUUUGAUUUCCUUGGAUGUCUACCUUGGGAUACUAUUUACAAGGCCUUUGGAAGAAAAGAAGAAGUGAGGUGCCUUUUAUGGAUUAGGUUGACUCGAGUGCGCAAAGUGACGGAUUUUUUCCACAGAAUGGAGAAGAACAUUAGGAUCAAGUACAUGUUUACCCGAAUUGUGAAACUUAUUGCUGUUGAAUUAUAUUGCACGCAUACAGCUGCCUGUAUCUUUUACUAUCUGGCUACCACUCUACCUCCCUCCCAAGAGGGUUACACAUGGAUAGGAAGUUUACAAAUGGGUGAAUACAAAUAUUCAGAUUUCAGAGAAAUCGAUCUUUCAACACGGUACUGGACAUCAUUAUAUUGGGCAAUUACGACCAUGACAACCGUUGGUUAUGGAGAUGUACAUGCUGUCAAUGUCAGGGAAAUGAUAUUCAUCAUGAUUUAUGUCUCAUUUGACAUGAUUCUCAGUGCUUAUCUGGUUGGUAACAUGACUGCAUUAAUCGUGAAAGGAUCAAAGACAGAAAAGUAUAGAGAUAAGAUGACAGAUCUGAUCAAAUAUUUGAAUAGAAACAAACUUGGCAAGGAUAUCCGUAAUCAGAUCAAAGGCCACUUGAGGUUACAGUUUGAGAGCAGUUACACUGAGGCUGCUGUUCUUCAGGACAUCCCAGUAUCUAUUCGUGCCAAGAUUUCACACAAGAUAUACAAGCCAUUCAUUGAAAAGGUUUCUCUUUUUAAAGGAUGCUCUUCAGAAUUCAUCAAUCAGAUUGUAAUCAGACUCCAUGAAGAACUUUUUCUCCCAGGAGAAAUAAUUAUGGAACAGUGCAGUGUAGGGGAUCAAAUUUAUUUCCUCUGUCAUGGUGUGAUGGAGUUGGUUGGCAUAGGGGAAGAUGGAUUAGAGGAGACUAUUUCACUUCUGCACCCUAAUAGUUCGUUUGGGGAACUUUCCAUUCUUUGCAACAUUCCUCAGCCUCAUACAGUUCAAGUUCGGGAACUUUGUAGGCUCCUGCGGAUUGAUAAACAAUCUUUCACAAAUAUCCUACAAAUAUAUUGUAUUGAUGGAAGGACGAUUUUCAGCAACCUUCUAGAGGGAAAGGAAUCCAACUUUUGGAUAAAGCAGUUGGAAUCUGACAUCACACUUCAUAUCGGACAACAAGAAGCUGAGCUUGCUUUGAGGGUGAACAAUGCUGCUUAUCAGGGAGACUUAUACCAACUAAAAAAAUUGAUCCAAGCAGGAGCAAAUCCAAAUAAGAUAGAUUAUGAUGGAAGAUCCCCCUUGCAUCUUGCUGCAUCAAGAGGCUAUGAAGAUAUCACAUGCUUCCUUAUCCAAAAAGGCGUGGUUUUCAAUAUUUCAGAUAAGUUUGGAAAUACACCUUUACUUGAAGCCAUCAAGAAUGGGCAUGACCGGGUGGCAUCUUUACUAGUUAAAGAAGGAGCAUCCUUAGACAUUGAUAAUGUUGGUAGCUAUCUGUGCAACACUGUUAUAAGGGGUGAUGCAGAUUUUCUGAAAAGAGUAUUGGCCAAUGGCGUUGAUCCAAACUCCAAAGAUUAUGAUCACCGAACACCACUCCAUGUAGCUACAGCAGAAGGGUUAUAUUUGAUGACAAAAAUUCUGAUAGAAGCUGGUGCAAAUGUUUUCUCAAAGGACAGAUGGGGAAAGACUCCACUUGAUGAAGGCCAUAUGUGUGGCAACAAGAAUUUGAUCCAUCUACUAGAAGCUGCAAAGUCUGUGCAGUUGUCUGAGUACCCUGAAUGCUCUCAAGAAAUUCGAGAUAAAAAGCAUCAACAUAGGAAAUGCACAGUGUUUCCCUACCACCCAUGGGAUCCAAAAGAUAAGAGAAGAGAGGGGAUUGUUCUGUGGAUUCCACGCACCAUGGAAGAGCUCAUCAAGAUGGCAGCAGAGCAACUAAAAUGUGCAGUGGAUUCCUGCAUUUUAUCAGAAGAGGGUGGUAGAAUCCUUGAUGUUAACAUGAUUAAUGAUGGUCAGAAGCUGUAUUUGAUCUCUGAAGCUCCAUAAACACGAUGAACAGUUUUCCUGUUACCAUUUGAUAUGUGGGCAUCUUGGCUCUGUUGUAUCAAAACACCACCCUAAAUUCAGG